GCACCAGAGGACCCAUCUUGGGGAGGGGCCCCUACGAGUGUGGGGAGUGUGGGAAGAGCUUCACCCCAGAGCUCCACCCUGAUGCAGCACCAGAGUUCCCACCUUCGGGAGAAGCGCCACGAGUGUGGGGAGUGUGGGCAGAGCUUCGAUGGAGGUCGCAGCUCAUCAGGCACCAGAGGACCCACAAUGGGGAACGGCCCUACGUGUGUGGGGAGUGUGGGACGAGCUUCAGCAGGAACUCCCAACUGAUCACGCACCAGAGGAUUCACACUGGGGAGAGGCCCUACGUGUGUGGGGAGUGUGGGAAGAGCUUCACAGAGAGCUCCAGCCUGAUCGUGCACCAGAGGAUCCACACUGGGGAAAAGCCUUUUGAGUGUUCCGUGUGUGGGAUGCGCUUCAGCCAGAGCUCCGCCCGGAACAAGCACCAGAGGAGCCACACUGGGGAGAGGCCCUUCGAGUGUGACAAAUGCAGGAAGAGGUUUCAGACCCGCGCCGAUCUCUUUUACCACUUUCAGACUCACACAGAGGAGAGGCCCUUCCAAUGCCCCGACUGUGGGAAGGCAUUCCGGAAGAACUCCACCCUCAUCGCCCACCAGCGUAUCCACACUGGGGAGAGGCCCUACGAGUGCGAUAAAUGCAGGAAGAGGUUUCGGACCAGCGGCCUUCUCCUCCAGCACUAUCGGAUUCACACAGAGGAGAGGCCUUUCCAAUGCCCUGAGUGUGGGAAGGGAUUUAAGCACAACUCCACCCUCGUCACCCACCGGCGCAUCCACACUGGGGAGAGGCCCUACGAGUGUCCCCAGUGUGGGAAGAGCUUCUCAGACAGCUCUAACUUGACCCGACACCAACGGAGCCACCACUAA